GGUAGAUUUACAAAGGCAAACCCUAUUCUCACUUCUCUAAUACCAUUCUCGAUUUAUUCCCUUCCCAAUCACUCUCCAUUCUCUCCAUUCAACCGCAAAAAUCCAUUAAAACGAAAUCUAAAUCUAAAUCUCAAUUCGCAAAUUCUCUGUUCUCAAUCGUAGUCACGAUCUGCAUUCUCAAUUGCAUCAUGGAAUUGAAACGGCGAACGUUUAAACCUUUACGAACCUCAAACCCUAAUAGCGCUGAUUUCUCUCUUCCCUAGCCAGUAUCAUGCUCUAUUCGCCGUCUCCACUCUCGAUUGUUGUCCUCCUUCGCCAUCUCAAUCGCGUUCCUUUGAAACUACUUCAGUCAAGUACAGUGAAAUUGUGUUGGUUUGUUAGAUGUAUGCAACAAUAUUAAACUUCAAUAAUGAUGGUUCUGAAACUAACCAAGAGUACGGGAGAUACCAAUGCGAACUACUUGUGGAGGACUUGGAUAAGAAAUGGAAGUGAAUCACAUUGAAUAACUCGGUUCUUGAGCUGUCGCAUGGAAGUAAACUUGUAAAAGAAAAUCCUGCAGUUCAAGAAAGAAUGUUUCUCCUCCUUUAUGUAGUAGAGGCUGUGAUGUGGAGUCUCCGUUCUAUCGAGAACUGCAGAAUUAUAGGAGGAACACAUAGCAGCCGUUGGAUUUCUAUUGAACAGAGGUCAACCUGACCUUCAAGGGAUCACCCGAAAAAGAACGAGCUUGCAAUAUAUGAUGGGUUAUCAAGAGUUGCUUCUUAAGGUAUUUUCUGGUUGUUUAUGCAAGGUAGGAGAGUAGCAAGAGAACUAAUCUUUGAUCCUGAAAUAGAGAAAACAGCUAAAGCAAACAGAAAAGCAGUUCGGUUAGCCCGAGAGGUUGCCCGGUUAGCAGGUGUUGCACAAGAAAGUAGUGAAGAAGCGGUUUCUAGUCCAAACACAUCUGACAACGAAGCCAACAUCAUGGCUGGAAAUCCACCACCACCUCCACCAGUUGUGCCUGAAAGGACAUUAGGUGACUAUGGCCAAAGAAACAACGGAGAGCUGGCCAAUCUGGGUUUUCAACCAAGGAAUCAUGUGUCAUUUGAUAUCAAGAAUUCAGUGCUCAGCGCCCUCAAAGAGAAUCAAUACUCAGGAGCAGAAACACAAUGUCCAAAUCUCCACUUGGAGCAUUUCUAUGAAGCUUGUGACUAUAUAGACCCACCAGGAGUAUCUGAAUCAGAUAAAAGAUUAAGGCUUUUCAAGUACUCGUUAACUGGAAGAGCUAAAGACUGGCUGGACACAAUACCACCUAACACCAUCACUACUUGGCAAGAGCUAGAGAUGAAAUUCAUGGAUAGGUACUUUCCAAUUCAUAAGUAUCUUGAAAGAAGAGCUGACAUUACAAGUUUUGAGCAAGGAGACUCCGAAACAUUGUAUGAUGCCUGGGAAAGAUUCAAACUGAGCCUGAAGAAGUGUCCUAAGCAUGGGCUCGAUAGUCAUACUCAAAUGCAACAUUUCACACAAGGAUUGAGAGCUCAAACUAGAAUGUUUCUAGAUGCAUCGGCAGGUGGAUCUUUGAAAAAUAAAAAUCAAACUCAAGCUAGAGAGUUGGUGGAAUCCAUGGCUCAAAAUGAGUACAGAGUUGAAAAUGAUCGUGGUGCAAAGAAGAAAGCAGGCAUGCUAGAGCUUGAUACUCAAACUGCUCUUUUGGCCCAAUCUACAUUGAUGAACUCUCAAAUGGCAGCUGUGUUGAAACACCUCACUAGCACUCCAAAUUCCCAGAUGCCAGUCAUGGCAGCUAAUGAAGUGAAAUGUGAUUUUUGUGGACAAGGGCAUGCUAAUGGCCAAUGUUUUCCUGAAGGGUCAGAAGAGGCAAAGUACCUCGCCAACUUCAAAAGGAACAACCCAAAGUAUGAUCCAUAUUCAAACACUUAUAACCCAGGUUGGAGAGAUCAUCCAAACUUUGGUUGGGGAGGAAAUCAAAACUCAAAUCAAUCUCAACAACAAUCUUCUUCACAAAACUCUCAACAAAGGAGACCUUCUCAAUUAGAGGAUACACUUACUCAAUUCAUAAAGGUUACUCAAGGGAACUUUGAAGCUAUGAAGGUCAGCCAAGAUCAAAUGAAAGCCAACCAAGAUGUUGCCAACAAGAAUCAUGAAGCUUCAAUUAAGAACUUGGAAACUCAAGUUGGGCAAUUGUCAAGGCAAUUCGCGGCUACUCAAAAUAAUGGUUUUGAAGGUUCUACAAAGGAUAAUCCGAGGAAUGAAAGUUGCAAGGCGAUUAAUUUGAGAAAUAGAGUGGUUCCUUCACCUGAGAUUGUAACGAAGAAAAAGAGUGAGUCUAGUGUUGAGGGAGUGAAAGAAAAAAAUAAUGUUGAGGGAGAAGUUGAAAAUGAGAAUGAGGGAGAAGUUGAGAAUGAGUUAGAGAAAAUGAUUGAGAGUGAGAAAGAGGAGUUAGUUGAAGAGGAGAAAGAUAAAAAAAUUGAAAAAAAGAAUGAGGAAAAGUUAGUUGAAAAGAGAGGCAAGGGUGUAGAGGAGAAAGAAAGUUCUGUCCAUGCCAAAUUGCCAUAUCCGCGCAAGAAGAAGGCAAAGGCUAAUGAUCACCAACAAUUCAAAAAGUUUAUGAAGAUGCUUCAUGAUCUCCAAAUUAACAUUCCUUUUGCUGAAGUGUUGGAACAGAUGCUUGUCUAUGCCAAAUUCAUGAAAGAACUUAUGACAAAGAAGCGGAAACCUCUUGAUGAUGAUACAGUGGAGAUGACAGAGGAAUGUAGUGCCAUAAUCCAAAAGAAACUUCCUCAAUAGAAGAAGGAUCCUGGAAGCUUUACCAUACCAUGUUCAAUAGGUAACAUCUCCGUUGGUCGAGCUCUAUGUGAUUUAGGAGCUAGCAUCAACCUAAUGCCAUUGUCAAUGAUGAAGAAGAUACCCGGAGCUGUUGCAAAACCCACAAAGAUGCAGCUCUCUUUAGCUGAUCGUUCUAUUGUACAUCCUUACGGCGUACUUCAUGAUGUGUUGGUAAGAGUUGCGGAGUUUGUUUUUCCGGCUGAUUUCGUCAUCCUUGAUAUGGAAGAUGAUGCAGAUGUAGAACCAUUGUUGUUGGGUAGACCAUUCUUAGCUACCGGAAGAGCAUUGAUUGAUGUUGAGAUGGGAGAACUUAUGUUGAGAACACAUGGGGAACAAGUCAUGUUUAACGUGUUCAAAGCUAUGAAACACCAUGAUGAUGAGCCACAAUGUUACAAGGUUGACGUGAUUGAGGAAGUGGUAGAAGAUGUCUUAGUGGAAGAAACACCAUCCUUACCUUUAGAAAGAGUAAUUGUUAAUUCCAUCGAUGAUUUGGAAGAGGAAUGGGACAAGGAGAUUGAAAUUUGUCUCCGUCAACUUGAAGCAUGUAAAGAAGAAGAAGCACAAAAAGAUUUUGAAAAUGUGUAUGCUGUGGAAGAGAAAGCUAGUGGUAAGGAGGACCUAAAAGUUACUAUUCCGGAGUUGAAAGAGCUCCCCCCUCACUUAAAAUAUGUUUUCUUAGGAGAAGAUGCUUCACAACCGGCAAUCAUAAGCAGCAGGUUGAGUUCUUUGGAAGCAGAGAAGCUAACUAGAGUCUUGCGAGAAAAUAAAGAAGCCAUGGGUUGGAGCAUCUCUGAUUUGAAAGGGAUUAGUCCCGGAUUCUGCAUGCAUAAAAUAAAAAUGGAAGAUGAAUACAAACCUGUGGUGCAACCUCAAAGAAGACUAAAUCCAACCAUGAAAGAGGUGGUAAAGAAAGAGGUUCUUAAACUUCUAGAAGCUGGUAUGAUUUAUCCAAUCUCGGAUAGUGCUUGGGUAAGUCCUGUCCAUGUGGUCCCGAAAAAAGGUGGUAUGACAGUUGUGAGAAACGAAAAAAAUGAACUGAUACCCACUCGCACCGUCACUGGGUGGCGGAUGUGUAUAGACUACAGACGGUUGAAUUCAGCAACAAGAAAGGACCAUUUUCCUCUUCCAUUCAUGGACCAAAUGUUGGAAAGGCUUGCAGGGCAGGCCUAUUAUUGCUUUUUGGAUGGAUAUUCUGGGUACAAUCAGAUUGUAGUAGACCCAGAGGAUCAGGAGAAAACAGCUUUUACUUGCCCUUUUGGAGUAUUCGCUUACCGGAAGAUGCCUUUCGGGUUGUGCAACGCACCGGCCACAUUCCAGCGGUGUAUGCUAUCUAUUUUUGCUGAUAUGAUGGAAGACACAAUCGAGGUAUUUAUGGAUGAUUUUUCUGUGUUUGGUAAGUCUUUUGAUAAAUGUUUAGCCAAUUUGAAUGCCGUAUUGAAGAGAUGCAUAAGUACCAAUUUAGUUUUAAAUUGGGAAAAAUGUCAUUUUAUGGUUAAAGAAGGUAUUGUGCUUGGACACAAAAUCUCUUCAAAGGGCAUUCAAGUUGACCAAGCAAAGAUAGAGGUUAUUAAGGAAUUGCCCCCUCCCGUUAAUGUUAAGGGAGUGAGAAGUUUUUUGGGUCAUGCCGGUUUCUAUCGGCGUUUCAUCAAAGACUUUUCGAAAAUAGCUAAGCCCUUAAGUAACCUCCUUGUGAAGGAAAAUGAAUUUAAAUUUGAUGAUGAAUGUUUGAAUGCUUUUGUUGUGAUUAAAGAAAAGUUGGUCACCGCGCCCAUAAUCGUUGCACAUAAUUGGGAUCUCCCUUUUGAAUUAAUGUGUGAUGCAAGUGAUUAUGCGGUUGGAGCGGUGCUUGGCCAACGACAUGCGAAAUUUUUCCAUGCUAUAUAUUAUGCAAGCAAGGUUUUGAAUGAAAACCAAAUCAAUUACACAACUACUGAAAAAGAGUUGCUUGCAAUAGUAUUUGCUUUGGAAAAAUUUCGCUCUUAUCUGAUUGGAUCGAAAGUUGUUGUUUUUUCAGAUCACUCGGCACUUAAGUACCUCCUCACAAAAGGCGACUCAAAGCCUAGACUCUUGAGGUGGGUACUACUUUUGCAGGAAUUUGAUUUGGAGAUAAAAGACAAGAAAGGUGUGGAGAAUGUGGUCGCGGACCAUUUGUCAAGGUUAGAAAAUCCAAUGGUGACCACAAAAGAGAAGUGCAUUAAUGAAGAGUUCCCGGAUGAAAAAUUGCUGAUGGUUUCUAAAAGGCCUUGGUUUGCUGACAUGGCUAAUUUCAAAGCAGGAAAUGAAAUUCCGGAGGACUAUUCCUAUCAACAAAAGAAGAAAUUCUUUAGAGAUGCUAACUUCUAUUUUUGGGAUGACCCAUACCUAUUUAAGGUGGGGCAAGAUGGCUUGAUCCGUAGAUGUGUUGAUGAAGAAGAGGCGCAAAGCAUAAUGUGGCAUUGCCACAGUUCUCCAUAUGGUGGUCAUCACAGUGGUCCACGAACAGCAGCAAAGGUGCUUCAAAGUGGUUUCUUUUGGCCGACACUGUUUGCAGAUUGUGUAAAGUUUGCUAGAAGAUGUGAUAAUUGCCAGAGGACCGGCAAUGUUUCAAAGCGGGAUGAGAUGCAUCUAAACCAAAUGCUCGAAGUAGAACCUUUGAUUGUUGGGGGAUUGAUUUCAUGGGACCUUUUCCAUCUUCACGGUCUAAUCUUCAUAUAUUGGUGUGUGUAGAUUAUGUUACAAAAUGGGUGGAAGCUAUUCCUUGCCAAGCAAAUGAUUCUCAUACCGUGGUGAAGUUCCUUAAAGAAAAUAUUUUUACUCGGUUUGGGGUUCCUAGAAUUCUCAUUAGUGAUGGAGGCAAACAUUUUUGUAACAAAUACUUGGAGAAUGUCUUGGAGAAAUACAAUGUCAAGCACAAGGUGGCCACUCCAUACCAUCCUCAGACAAGUGGACAAGUUGAAGUAUCUAACCGGCAAUUGAAACAAAUUCUGGAGAAAGAAAAUCCUAAUGGCUCACAUGAACCGACCUGCUCUGAUACCAACUAUUGUAACACCCCGAACUAACUACCCUUAAAAACGUGAUCUUAAAAACUUUUUAAAGAUAAGUAGCCGGAGCGCUACGAAAAACAUUUUUAUAAAACGAUCGUGCACAUGACACGAAACGUCGCAGCGGAAAACAUUAAGUAAAGGAUUUUCAAAGCAAUGAACAAAAUAGUUCAAAAGAUAAAUCAUUUACAUAAAACAUAAGUUAAGAUGUUCGCAUCGAUAUACGACGGAAUACAAACGAUCCCCGACUCGAUGUUACAACAUAACAGAGCACUAAUAUACAUCACAACCAAACUAACUUAACAAAACUAUACAAAGGUAGCCUACACUAGCUCCUCACCAAAAGUGCUCCACACCAAAACGAUCUACAGCUAAAGCUCGAUCGAAACCUCGACCUGAAUACCUGAACCCCCAA